AUGGGCCUGCAUGACCACUACCCAGCAUAUGGAGGCCGUGGCCCGGGGGAUCUACGAUUGGGUCUCGGCCUGGGGUCCGUAGCCACCAUCUUCAUGAUGUUGCGUGUCUACGUCCGGCUUCGAGUCAACAAGUUCGGGACCACGGCAUUGAUUUUGUCUCUCGCGGCUUGGCUGCUCACUACCAUCACCCAAUCGUUUGCCGUGAUUUCGAUUCUCCACGGCCUGGGAAACAAGAUCGCCAUUGUGGAAGAAGUCGGUGCAUUGCGCAAUUACCUUCUCUUCACAUGGAUCACGGUCUUCUUUUUCAAUCUGGCAAUUCCGACUGGCAAGGUUGCCGUGGCCGCAUUCUUGAUUGAGAUGAAUGCGCAUGGCAACCCCAAGAUCCGUCGUAGUCUGAUCGCCGUCGCCGUGCUGAACAUUGUCCUCAACAUCCCGCAAGUCGUCCUCGCCUGGUUCCAAUGCAGUCCCCCCAACGCGCUCUGGGAUCCCGCGCGACAAGACCAAUGUGAUCACCGGGCAAGUGUACGCUACACCUACUUCGCGGGUGCUGUGGCGGCCCUCUCGGAUUUCUACCUGGCCAUCAUCCCGGCGACCAUGUUGGCCCCGCUGCGGAUUGAUCGCAAGCUGAAAUGGGGCCUCAGCUUCCUGAUGGGCUGUGGUGUCUUCGCUGGUGUCGCAGCCAUCGUUCGCACAUGGGCAGCUAGCUUCAUUUUGGGUGACGACCCGUCCUACGGGGUCGGCAUUCUGUUCCGCUGGGGCGAAGUAGAAGAAUGGGUCGUUCUCAUCACCAUGUCGAUUCCACCAGUCUGGCCGCUGUUCCGACCCUUCACCCACCGAUUCAUCAAUUCCAACGGACCGUCUCGAAGCCUGCCUCCUUACAGAGGAUACAACCAGGAUCCCUCCUCGAAGGGCGAUCUGGCCUCCGCCACUGCAGGUCCGGUCAUUACGACCACCAUUUCGAUUUCGUCUACCAAGGAUGUGUCGGCCGCAGCUGAGCCCACCCACCCGUCAUCUUCUGCAGGUUCUAUCUCCAGAUAUGAAGGCGAAGAACCAGAGGCACCUCAUACAGUCCUUAGUCACACUGGUGGUCCAGAGGGUUGGGUAGAAAUGGCUCACUACAAGAACCAGCCCUAG